AUGGGGCCGGAAAGCCCUUCCGGUUCAGCCCCUUACGAGGGGCGCCGGUCGCGGCCCGUCGCGGGGCCCGGUGGAGACGGAGGAUCGGCGAUGCUGCCCGCCAGGGCGAAGGAGGACUUCCUCAGCGAGAUUGUGGAGCACGGCAACGUGUCGCGCGCGUGCGCGCGCCUCGACCUGAACCGGAGCACGGUCUACGCAUGGCGGGAGGACCCGGACUUCAACAGGGCCUGGAACGUCGCCUUCGAGCUGAGGCGCGACGCCAUGCGCGACGAGGUCGUCGAGAAGGCCCUCGCCGCGACCGGCUACGUGGCCGAGGCCGUGGCCGUCGACCCCCGCACCGGCGACCCCGUGCUCGACGACGACUUCGAGCCGGUCACCUACCGCCGGCUGGUCGACUACGAUCCGAAGGUGCUGACCGCCCUCCUGGGCAAGCUGGUGAAGGACGAGGCGCUGCGCGUCGACCAGCGCACCCUCCUGGUCGACGACCGCGGCGGCGAGGAGGAGGCGCCGCCGACCCUGACCCUGGUUCACGACGACGGCGACUUCGAGGAGGUCCACUUCGUGCGCCCCGACGGCUGCCGGCUGUGGGCGCACGACCGGAACGUCCGCACCCGCGACGCGGUGGGCAGCGGCGAAGGCUCGCUGGACGACGAGUUCGCCCGCGGCAUCAGGACGCCCUGGACGUCGGCGGAGCACAAGCGGGCCGCCCUGGCGCACCUCGACGGCGAGCUGCUGGCCUUCGCCAAGUCGCUGCCGUACGUGAGGGGUCCCGAACAGAACGCCGAGGAACGACCCAGCGGCCGUCACCUUCAUGCGGUCCCAGAAGUCGCGGCUCGCCAGUUCGGCCUUGGCGAGCGCCUUGUCGUGCAUCGUGGCGCCCUCGAACUCGACGGUGACGUACA